CUGGGCAACGGCCUCAUCAUCAGCGCCGUAGCCUGCGGCCAGCACCUGCACACGCCCAUGUUCUUCUUCCUGCUCAACCUGGCCCUCACUGACCUGGGCUCCAUCUGCACCACUGUCCCCAAAGCCAUGCACAAUUCCCUCUGGGACACCAGCACCAUCUCCUACACAGGAUGUGCCGCACAGCUCUUUUUCUUUCUCUACUUUAUUGUGGCAGAGCUUUCCCUCCUGACCAUCAUGUGGUAUGACCGCUACGUGUCCAUCUGCAAACCCCUGCACUACGGGACCCUGCUGGGCAGCAGAGCUUGUGCCCACAUGGCAGCAGCUGCCUGGGCCAGUGCCUUUCUCAAUGCUCUCAUGCACACGGCCAAUACAUUUUCCCUGCCCCUGUGCCAUGGCAAUGCCCUGGGCCAGCUCUUCUGUGAAAUUCCCCAGAUCCUCAAGCUCUCCUGCUCCAAAUCCCACCACAGAGAACUUGGGCUUCUUGCUGUUAGUGCCUGUUUCGGUUUUGGCUGUUUUGUGUUCAUUGUUUUCUCCUAUGUGCAGAUCUUCAGGGUCGUGCUGAGGAUCCCCUCUCAGAAGGGACAGCACAAAGCUUUUUCUACCUGCCUCCCUCACCUGGCUGUGGUCUCCCUGUCCUUCAGCACUGGCACAUUUGCCUACCUGAAGCCCCCCUCCAUGUCCUCCCCAUCCCUGGAUUUGGCCUUGUCAGAUCUGUACUUGGUAGUGCCUCCAGCCCUGAACCCCCUCAUCUACAGCCUGAGGAACCAUGAGCUCAAGGCUGCAGUGUGGAAACUGAUGACUGGAUGCCUUCAGAAACAUUAA